AUGAAGGACUUCGUGUACAAUGUCCAGACCAAUCGAGUUGUCUUUGGUUCAGGCAGUAUCACCAAACUCCCUGCUGAGAUCAAGUGCCUCCAAGUCUCCCGACCACUCCUCCUUUGCACGCCUGGUAAACGUCACCUCGCAGACCAACUGUCCGACAUACUCAAAGAUGCUUCCCUCGAUGUCGCUGGCAUCUUCGCCCACGCCACAGCGCACACUCCAACAUCUGUAACGGAACAAGGAACUUCCUUUCUUGGCUCCGUAUCAGCAGAUUGCGUGGUUUCUAUCGGUGGAGGAUCGGUUGUUGGACUAGGAAAGGCCAUCUCCUUUCGUUCAGGCGUACCUCACAUCAGCAUUCCAACGACCUAUUCGGGCUCUGAAAUGACUCCCAUUCUCGGCGAGACGCAAGAAGGCAUUAAAACUACUCGAUCCGAUCCUAAGAUCCUACCUGCUGUUGUUAUCUACGAUUUAGAUCUUACCUUGACGCUACCUCCCACUAUAUGCAGCACAUCUGGAAUCAACGCAAUCGCCCAUGCUAUCGAGGCACUCUACGCUCAAAAUGCGAACCCUAUUACUUCCAUACUUGCCCUCGAGGGAAUUAAAUCAUUGGCCGAAGCUCUACCUCAAAUUGUGGAAAACCCCGACUCCAAAGCCCCUCGCGACCAGGCUCUAUACGGCGCAUGGCUUUGCGGCACGGUCCUAGGCAACUCGUCAAUGGGACUUCAUCACAAAAUCUGCCAUACGCUGGGUGGAUCGUUUGGACUUCCUCAUGCUGAAACGCACACUGUCAUGCUCCCUCAUUCCUUGUCUUACAAUGCACCGUGUAUCCCUGACCAGAUGGCGAAGCUAGCUGCUGUUCUCCCAGGAAGCGAUGGGGAUGCGGUGAAAGGAUUGGGGCUACUGUUGGGAAAGCUGCCGGUACCACAUGGAUUGAAGGAGCUGGGAAUGAAAGAAAGCGAUAUUGACAGGGCGGCUCAGAUUGCUACAAGUAACCAAUACCCCAAUCCACGACCUUUGGAGUUUAAAUGGAUUCUUGAACUACUGCGGAGGGCGUGGGCUGGGGAGCCGGCUGAAGCAACCUUGCAGUAA